GAACGUCGCUCUCCCCACAUCAUCUAUAAACACCCACCACAGUCGAAGCAGUGGAGGGAGAGAGAGAGAUGAUCACAUUUCCCCCCGUUCGAUCACCAACCCCUAGAAACCCUAACCCUAGAUCAGAAUCGAUCGAUCGAGAGAGAGAGGGAGAGUAGGAGGGGGAGGGGAAAUGGCGGGAGCGGAGAGGACGGCGCAGGUGCUCUGCAUCGGCACCGCCGACACCAAGCUCGAGGAGCUCCGGUUCCUCGCCGAUCGCGUCGGAUCCGAUCUGAGCGCCUUCUCCAAAGGUUUCUCGUUGAAGGUACAAGUCAGCAUAAUCGAUGUUUCCACGAGUACAAAUAAAAUGCCAAGCUUGGAUGAUAUCCCUUUUGUACCCAGAGAGGCGAUACUCUCUUGUUAUUUGGGUACCGUAGAACAUUCAUCUUUUGAGCUUCCAGAUGACAGAGGUGAAGCUGUUGCGGUUAUGUCCAAAGCUCUUACUUGUUUUCUGAACAAAACAUACGAAGAAGGCAUCCUUUUAGGAGCUAUAGGCUUAGGAGGAAGUGGAGGGACCGCGUUACUCUCUCCUGCAUUCGGAUCUCUUCCUCUUGGAGUGCCUAAGCUUAUUGUAUCAACUGUUGCUAGUGGUCAAACUCAACCAUACAUUGGAACAUCGGAUUUAGUAUUGUUUCCGUCGGUUGUGGACAUAUGUGGGGUUAACAACGUUAGCAGGGUCAUAUUGUCGAAUGCUGGAGCAGCUUUUGCUGGAAUGGUUGUUGGAAAGUUGUUGGCAUCUGAUGAAUCCAGUGAAAUGAGUAAGAGGCCCACAGUUGGCCUAACUAUGUUUGGAGUUACAACUCCGUGCGUAAAUGCUGUGAAAGAACGACUGAGGCAAGAAGGGUACGAGACUCUUGUAUUUCAUGCCACUGGUGUUGGCGGAAAAGCUAUGGAGGAACUUGUGAGGGGUGGGUAUAUACAGGGCGUGUUGGAUAUCACAACAACAGAAGUUGCUGACUACAUAGUUGGUGGCAUCAUGGCAUGUGAUAGCACACGAUUCGAUGCUAUUAUAGAGAAGAAGAUUCCCUUAGUUCUUAGUAUUGGAGCUUUGGAUAUGGUUAACUUCGGACCUCGUGAUACAAUACCUACCAUCUUUGCGCAUAGAAAGAUUCAUAUACAUAAUGAGCAGGUUUCACUAAUGCGAACUUCUGUGGAAGAGAAUAAGAAAUUUGCUCAGUUUAUUGCCAACAAAUUGAACAAAUCAUCAUCAAGAAUUACUGUUUGCCUUCCACAGAAGGGUGUCUCUGCUCUUGAUGCACCUGGAAAGUCAUUUUAUGAUCCAGAGGCUACUUCGGUGUUAAUUGAUGAAUUAGAUAAACUUAUUGAGAAAAGCGAAGAACGACAGGUGGUGAUUCUUCCGUACCAUAUUAAUGAUCCCGAAUUUGCAAACGCCUUGGUAGACUCAUUCUUAAAGAUGGAAGCUAAGAUCAAUAAGAGUACGACUCCUCGACGAAGUGCUGUCCUUGCACAGAAGCAAAAAAUGAAUGUAAAAGAGUUUGUUUCAGAGGGUAACAUUUCAGAUGAUAGAUCCAUUUGGCGAACUCCAGUCGACUUUCCUGAUGCAAAACCAGAAACUGUGCGGCGGACAAGGGCUAUACUGCAUGAACUGAAGCAAGAGGUAAAUAAAGGCAUACCUAUAAUUGGGGCAGGUGCUGGGACUGGCAUAUCAGCGAAGUUUGAAGAAGCCGGUGGUGUUGAUCUGAUAGUCUUGUAUAACUCUGGGCGAUUUCGAAUGGCCGGGAGGGGUUCAUUGGCUGGGUUGCUGCCAUUCGCGGAUGCAAAUGCGGUUGUACUUGACAUGGCCAAUGAAGUGUUACCAGUGGUAAAAAGAGUACCGGUUCUUGCUGGAGUAUGUGCUACCGAUCCUUUUCGCCGAAUGGAUUACUUUCUGAAGCAACUAGAAGCGAUUGGAUUUGCAGGGGUGCAGAACUUCCCAACUGUUGGAUUGUUUGAUGGUAACUUCCGCCAAAACUUGGAAGAAACAGGAAUGGGUUACAGCUUGGAGGUAGAGAUGAUACACAGAGCUCAUAAUGCGGGCUUCGUGACGACUCCGUAUGCUUUUAAUCAAGAGGAAGCCAUUGCGAUGGCCAAAGCUGGUGCUGAUAUUAUCGUGGCGCAUAUGGGUCUAACCACAUCGGGAUCAAUCGGUGCAAAGACUACCGUCACUUUAGACGAUAGCGUUGUGCGUGUUCAGGCCAUUGCCGACGCCGCAGUCAGGGUCAAUCCUAAUAUUAUUGUUCUCUGCCACGGAGGUCCCAUAUCGGGUCCUCGGGAAGCCGAGUUCAUAUUAAAGAGCACAAAAGGAGUUCACGGGUUCUACGGCGCGUCGAGCAUGGAGCGGUUGCCCGUGGAGCAAGCUAUCACAACCACCGUGAAAGAGUACAAAUGCAUUUCCAUAAAAAGAGACUGAAAUAACAAAAAAAUCCUGAGGUUUGCUCAAACUUGCUCCUCUUUUAACUGCAUUACUUAUAUACUCGAUGGUACAACAUAGCUCACACUAGUUCUCGACAAAUUUGUGAUCAUUAUAUACUGUUAGUGUUGCCGCGUUACUUGAUUGUCCGAUUUCGUAUGUUUGUGUGCUAAUGCACGAGAACACAAGAUUUAAAAAAAAAAGGUACGAAUUAAUGCCCUAGGAAAUAGCAUUUGAUUCGUGUUUCUGUGAA